UCAAUAAAGGAGCAAACGCAUCGCAAAACGAAAGCGUUCAAGCAACCACUUCCAGCUCCCUCCACCCCCUCCCCUCCUCUCCCACCGGCCGAUUCGAUCCCGCGCCGCCCGCACCCGAUGGAUCGCGCCGACCCCGCCCGCGGUCGCCUCGCCGUGCUCUCCCUCCACCUUGGCCCCAGCUCCGGGGAGGCGGCGGCGGGACUGCUUGAGAGGUCGCCGGUGUCCGCGGCGGCCCCCGGCCCCCUCGCAGGCGCGCUCGCCGUGGUGGACGGGAGAACCGGGAAGCGGCACGAGGUCAGGGUCUCCGAGGACGGCACCGUGCGCGCCACCGACUUCAAGAAGAUUACCACUGGAAAGGAUGACAAGGGUCUAAAGAUUUAUGAUCCCGGUUACCUCAAUACAGCCCCAGUGCGCUCAUCCAUCUGCUACAUCGACGGGGAUGAGGGAAUCCUUCGCUACAGGGGAUAUCCAAUUGAAGAGUUGGCUGAAAGCAGUUCAUUUGUUGAGGUGGCAUACCUCUUAAUGUAUGGGAAUCUGCCUACUCAAAGCCAACUGGCAGGCUGGGAGUCCGCUAUGUCUCAGCACUCCGCUGUUCCUCAAGGACUCUUGGAUAUCAUACAGUCAAUGCCUCAUGACGCUCACCCCAUGGGUGUCCUUGCCGGUGCAAUGAGCAUGCUUUCUGUCUUCCAUCCAGAUGCAAACCCUGCUCUUAGAGGUCAAGAUCUUUAUAAGUCGAAGCAGGUGAGGGAUAAGCAAAUUGUGCGAGUGCUUGGGAAGGCACCAACAAUAGCAGCUGCAGCCUACUUGAGAUUAGCAGGAAGGCCUCCCAUCUUUCCUUCAAAUAAUCUUUCUUAUUCAGAGAACUUUUUGUACAUGUUGGACUCUUUGGGUAACAAAUCAUACAAGCCAAAUCCUCGACUUGCUCGGGCUCUAGAUAUCCUCUUCAUUCUUCAUGCUGAACAUGAAAUGAACUGCUCAACAGCUGCUGUUAGGCACCUUGCUUCAAGUGGUGUUGAUGUCUUCACUGCUCUUUCUGGUGGUGUCGGAGCUCUGUAUGGUCCACUUCAUGGUGGCGCAAAUGAGGCAGUACUUAAAAUGUUGAAUGAGAUUGGAAGUAUGGAAAACAUCCCAGAUUUCAUUGAAGGAGUGAAGAACAGGAAGAGGAAGAUGUCAGGUUUCGGGCACCGUGUGUACAAGAACUAUGAUCCUCGUGCUAAAGUCAUUCGGAAAUUAGCGGAGGAGGUCUUCUCAAUUGUCGGGCGGGAUCCUCUUAUUGAGGUUGCUAUUGCUCUGGAGAAGGCAGCACUGUCAGACGAAUAUUUUAUCAAGAGGAAGCUGUAUCCAAAUGUGGAUUUCUACUCUGGUCUAAUAUAUAGGGCAAUGGGAUUCCCUACAGAGUUUUUCCCUGUUCUGUUUGCAAUUCCUCGCAUGGCUGGUUGGUUAGCACAUUGGAAAGAGUCACUUGAUGAUCCCGACACUAAGAUUAUGAGGCCCCAACAGGUAUACACUGGUGCUUGGCUGAGGCAUUACACCCCUGUGAGAGAACGAACGCCGCCAAGCCAGAGCGAGCAGCUCGGCCAGAUUGCUACCUCCAACGCAACAAGACGUCGCCGUUCAGGUUCUGCCCUGUAGAAGAGUUCAACUUACACCACCCCAGUUUACGCAAUAAACAAGUGGGCAUUCUGUAUGCCCACAAGGCCAAAGAGGUGCGAACUUGGAGCUGUAGGCCUUCUGCUGUCACGUAUAUCGGCAAUAAUGCUCGUGGAACUGCACCGUUACAAUGUAAAUACUGUCGAAAGGCAUGUGGUGGUGUUUAUCUUUGUGGUCGCGUCCUGCGUACCUUAAACUUUUCUAAGCACGGAAGGUGAAGAGAUACAAUAAACGUAGCUCAUGGGCCAGUGCUCUGGCA